UUUUCCUCAUGAGUGCAACAUGGCUGCUGCUCAGACACGGCUCAGGAAGGAGACACUGUUUCUAAAAAAUUAAUGUGCUGCAAACUGAAAUGAUGUGAAGAAGCAGGAGUGAAGAGUCAUGCUGCUGCAGCAUGAGAGGAGGCUGGGUUUGGGGGUAGCGGGUGACAGAGAUGAGAGAGUGAUCACUGCUCUGCUGCAUUACUCCACUAUGCAACUCUUCUCUGGUCCUCCUCUCCCUCCCUCGCUCCUCUCCGUCAUCUCCGCUCACUCUCACUGCCUCACAGCUUUUCCAACAGUCACAGCACAUCUCUCCCUCGCCUUGGUUUUACUUUCUCCCCAGUGAGGAUGACAUCUCUGAAUCUGAUGAACCAGCGAAGCUCUCGAUCUGGCUGGAGGCUUCCGAGGAAGACUCCACAUGAGCGGGCUUACUGGACAAGGAGCUGCCGCGUCUAGAGAAGCAGUCCGCUCCAGAAGUCUCCGGGCUGGUGACGGCGUCCACCAGCUCCCAGGAUUCGAUCUGCUGAACAAAACUCAUCACACUUAAAACCGAGAACAGCUGAGAGCAGCUGGACAAAUGUCACAGGUUGAGCAGGAGAUCUCCCUGGCCCAGAGGAAGAUGUCUGACCUCGAGUCUGUGCUCCAGCAGAAGGAUAUCGAGCUGAAGGCCUCAGAGACUCAGAGGACCGUCCUAGAGCAGGACCUGGCCACCUACAUCACAGAAUGCAGUAGUCUGAAGCGCAGUUUGGAACAAGCCCGUAUGGAAGUGACUCAGGAGGACGACAAAGCUCUGCAGCUCCUCCAUGACAUCCGAGAGCAAAGCAAUAAACUUCAGGAGAUUAAAGAACAGGAGUAUCACGCUCAGCUGGAGGAGAUGCGCGUUUCCGUCAGACAGCUGGAGGAGGACCUUUCUGCUGCCCGUCGCCGUAGCGACCUGUAUGAGGCUGAGUUGAAGGAGUCUCGACAAGCUAACGAGGAGCUGAAGAGGAAGGCUGCAGACUACCAGCACAGGAUUCAAAAGGCAAAAGAGCAAGGCAAAGCUGAGGUGGAGGAGAUGGUGAUGAAGUUAGAAAAGGCCAGCGUCGAGCAGCAGCUGAAGAUUCAGGACCUACAAGAGAAACUCACCAAGACAUCAAAGGCCAGUGCUGAGGCAACAGACCUGCUUCAGAACAUGAAAAUGUCCAAAGAGCGUCUGGAGCGGGAUCUGGAGAGGCUGCAGAACAAAGAAGAAUCUAGCGACAGCCUGCGCAGACGUCUUCGUGAAACUGAGGACGGAAGGAAGACUCUGGAGAACCAGGUGAAGAGACUGGAGAUUGUUGAGCGCCGAGAGACCAAACUGAAAGAUGAGCUCCAGGGCAAGGCCCAGCAGAUCCAGCAGAUGGCGGAUAAGAUCCUGGAGCUGGAGGAGAAUCUGCGGGAGACUCACGCCACUGCCCAACGACUGGAAACUCAUCUGAAGCAAAAAGAAAAGCUCUAUGAGGACAAGAUAAAGGUGCUGGAGGCUCAGAUGAAGGCGGACAUGGCUGACAAAGAGAUGCUGGAGUCCAGUCAGAGCAGAUAUGAGGAGGAGGUGCAGGAGAAGUGCAGCGUCAUCAGCGAACAGAAGGCGACCAUUAAUGCCAUGGACUCAAAGAUGAACAACCUGGAGCAGAGAAUAGCUGAGCUGUCUGAGGCCAACAAACUGGCAGCCAACAGUAGUAUCUACACGCAGAAAAACAUGAAAGCCCAAGAAGAAAUGAUAUCAGAGCUUCGUCAGCAGAAGUUCUACCUGGAGUCUCAAGCUGGGAAGUUGGAGGCUCAGAACGCAAAACUGGAAGAGCAUCUGGAGAAGAUGAGUCAGCAGGAGCAGAGCCAUAAGAGCCGGGUGCUGGAGCUGGAAACCCGGCUCCGAGAGAUCGGGCUGGAGAACGAGGAACAGAAGCUGGAGAUUAAGCGUCAGGUAACAGAGCUGACCCUGUCGCUGCAAGAGCGGGAAUCCCAGAUCACCAGCCUCCAGGCAGCUCGCCACGCUCUGGAGAACCAGCUACAGCAGGCUAAGACUGAGCUAGAGGAGACCACAGCGGAGGCUGAGGAAGAGAUCACCGUGCUCCGGGCACACAGAGAAGAGAUACAACGCAAAUAUGAUGCCCUGAGAGACAGCUGCGCAGUGAUCACAGAUCUGGAGGAGCAGCUGACUGCGCUGACUCAGGAGAAUGCUGAGCUGAACCGUCAGAACUUCUACUUGUCCAAACAGCUGGACGAGGCUUCUGAUGAGAGAGAGGACCGGCUGCAGCUCAGCCAGGAUGUGGACAGGCUGCGUCGGGAGGUGGCUGACCGAGAAAUGCACCUUAACAACCAGAAGCAGAACCUGGAGACCCUGAAGACCACAUGCACCAUGCUGGAGGAACAAGUCCUGGAGCUGGAGACCAUGAACGAUGAGCUGCUGGAGAAGGAGAGGCAGUGGGAGGCCUGGAGAGCCACACUGGAGGAGGAGAAGAGCCAGGCUGAGAGGAGGAGCAGGGAGCUGCAGAGGCUGCUGGACACUGAGAAACAGAACAGGCUUCGUGCGGAUCAGCGCAACUCAGAGUCUCGCCAGGCUGUGGAACAGGCCGUCAAGGAGCACAAAGCUGAGAUCCUGGCUCUGCAACAGACUCUCAAAGAGCAGAAACUCAAAGCCGAGAGCCUGGCGGAUACACUGAACGAUCUGGAGAAGAAGCACUCCAUGCUGGAGAUGAACGCCCGCAGUCUGCAGCAGAAGCUAGAGAGUGAGAGGGAUGUGAAGCAAAGACUGCUGGAAGAGCAGGAGAAGCUGCAGCAGCAGCUGGAUGCUCAGAAGACUCACAUCUUCCGUCUGACCCAGGGGCUGCAGGAUGCUUUGGACCAGACCGACUUACUGAAAACUGAGAGAACCGACCUGGAAUACCAGCUGGAGAACAUCCAGGCUGUAUAUUCUCAUGAGAAGGUGAAAAUGGAGGGAACCAUCACCCAGCAGACAAAACUCAUAGACUUCCUCCAGGCCCAGGCCCACGGUGGCUCCAAGAAGAAAAAAGGUCUUUUUGGGCGUCGGCGAGAGGACCUGUUGGCUGCCAUGACCGCUCAGGCCCAGACCCAGGGCCAGACUCCAGGUCAAGGCCAAGUUUCUCCAGUUCCCCCGAUCCAGCCAGUGCCUCUGCAGUACAGUGACAUGAAGACCGCUCUGGAUAAAGAGCGCGCUCGCUGCUCUGAGCUGGAAGAUGCUCUGCUGAAGAUGCGAGCAGAGCUGCGAUCCCUGAGGGAAGAAGCUCUCCAGUAUAAGGAUCACGGCAGCACUACAAACCCACCAGCAGCACGGCAGCAGAUCAUCAUGUCUGCCAUGGUGAAGUCUCCUGAGCACCAGCAGGGCCCGACCAGCCUGGCACCAUCCAACUCUGGACGUAGGAAGGAUACCCCGACACCUGAAGAGAGAAGGAGGGUCACUUUUGAAAAGUACAGCCGCCGUCUGAAGGACAGCCAGAGGGACAGAGACAGAGAGAGGGUGCUGCACCACAACACCUCUCACCGCUUCACAGUGGGUCUCAACAUGAGAGCUGCCAAGUGCACCGUGUGUCUGGACACGGUUCACUUUGGUCGUCAAGCAGCAACCUGCCUCGAGUGCCACGCUCUGUGCCACCCAAAGUGCUCGGCCUACCUUCCAGCCACAUGCGGCAUGUCCAGCGACUGCUCCCUGCAUCUGUCUGAGGGAUUGUGUCGAGACAAAGGCAGCUCUCCAGGCCAACAGCUCAGAGAGGCCGGAGGACACAUGCACCUUGAGGGUUGGAUGAAACAGCCCAGGAAUGGAAAACGAGGCCAGGGCUGGGAGAGAAAAUACGUUGUCUUGGAUGGAUUCAAAGUGUCAGUCUAUGAGAUAGAGCCCAGAGAAGACUCGGUCAAGCCGCUGGAGGAGUUUGACCUGUGUCUGUCUGAUGGAGAGGUGGUGGUUCAUGGAGCAGUGGGAGCAUCGGAGCUUCCAAACACAGCUAAGUCCGAUGUUCCCUAUGUGUUGAAGCUGGAGUCCCGCUGUCACACCCCCUGCUGGCCUGGUCAGUUCAUCUACUUCAUGGCCCCCAGUUUUCCAGACAAGCAGCGCUGGGUGGGUGUGAUGGAGUCCGUGGUGACCGGGGGGCGAGCCUCACGGGAGAAGGCAGAGGCAGACGCAGCUGCUGUGCCCAAAAGACAAAGGGUUCUGUCUCCCCUGGUCCAGAAGUUGCUUGGAAAUUCUCUGCUGAAACUGGAAGGAGAUGACAGGCUGGACAUUAACUGUACCCUUCCUCUCACUGAUCAGAUUGUUCUGGUGGGAUCUGAAGAGGGCCUGUAUGCACUGAACGUCAUCAAGAACUCGCUGACUCACAUCCCUGGUCUAGGCUCGGUUUUUCAGAUCCAAAUCAUCAAAGAGCAGGAAAAACUGCUAAUGAUUGUUGGAGACGAGAGGGCAUUGUGUCUGGUGGAGAUUAAGAGAGUGAAGCAGUCUCUGGCCCAGUCCCACCUGCCCAGCCAGACUGACCUGUCUCCGUACAUCUUUGAGACGGUGAAAGGCUGCCAUCUGUUUGCUGCUGGGCGGGUGGACAACGGGCCUUGCAUUUGUGCUGCAAUGCCAAACAAAAUAACCAUUCUGCGUUACAAUGACAACCUUAACAAGUACUGCAUCCGUAAGGAGAUCGAGACUCUGGAGCCAUGCAGCUGCAUCCACCUGACCAGCUACAGCAUCAUCAUUGGCACCAACAAGUUCUACGAGGUUGAGAUGAAGCAGUAUGUUCUGGAGGAGUUCUUGGACAAGAACGACGUGUCUCUGGCCUCAGCCGUGUUUGCAGCCUCCUCUCACAGCUUCCCCAUCGCCAUCAUGCAGGUGGCCAGCAGCAUGCAGAAGGAGGAGUACCUUCUAUGUUUUCAUGAGUUUGGGGUGUUUGUGGACUCGUAUGGACGGAGAAGCAGAACUGAUGAGAUCAAGUGGAGCUGUCUGCCUCUGUCCUUCGCCUACAGAGAGCCGUACCUGUUUGUUACCUACUUUAACUCCCUGGACGUCAUUGAAAUUCCAGGACACACUGCAGCCAGUCCAACAGUGCUGGCCCACCUGGACAUUCCGAACCCUCGUUACCUGGGUCCUGCCAUCUCCUCCGGAGCCAUUUAUCUGGCCUCCUCCUAUCAGAACAAACUGCGGGUCAUCUGUUGUAAGGGGAGCCUGAUCCGGGAGUCUGGAGAGCUGCAGAGGACCGGCUCUAGCCGAGGUAGCCCCAGUAAGCGCUGCCCCCCCACCUACACAGAGCACAUCUCCAAGCGUUUGACCUCAGGACCCGGCAGCCACGACGGUUUGCACCGGGAGCCGAGCACCCCGCACCGUUACCGGGAGGGCCGGACCGAGUUCAGACGAGACAAAUCUCCAGCUCGAGCCCUGGACAGAGAGAAGUCCCCCGGCAGGGUGCUGGACAGCCGCAGGGAGAGGUCUCCCGGGAGGUUUGGGGACAGCACUCGACUCCACGCCGGAUCUGUCCGAACACAGCUGGCCCCCGUCAACAAGGUGUGGGAUCAGUCAUCAGUGUGAACCAGGGGGUGCUGACUGGAGGCCAAGGAGAACACACACUUGACCCACUCCGAGAGCAAGCACACAACCGCAUCACAAGGCUGACGUCAGCCCCAUCGCCUGUACAUAAGAGCAGCCCGAGCGCCUCCUGGGACAGUCCUCUUCUUCCGACACGUUGUCUCACAGAAGCUACACCGAGGGAGAGUCUACCUUUAUAACACACCCAUGGUUGUACAUAAAGCCGUGAGUUUUUAUAGCUGAAGGGAACAGUCGGCUGGUGAAGAAGCCAUGUCUAUUUUUGUUAAACAGUUUGUAAAGAUGCUGCAGAGAGAUUCAUGAUGUUGGGUGGGUGCAGGGUGUCUUCGUCCUUUGCUCAGAGUCAAACCAACUUUUAGUCCCAUGAAUCAGAAGGGGGGGGGUGAGGGGGCAACACUUUGCACAGGAGACAGUCUUCUCCUACAGAUCGGGUGUCUGGUCCUCCUGACUGAAUAGCCUUCAACAUAAACCUGCUACGACUGCUUUAUUGACAGCUGUUGUCCAGCCAUACUUUGUAAAACAACAAGUAAGCAACGUUCUUUUGCUCCAAGUGUUCCUUGUGUUGUUUUUGGCUAAACAUCAGAAAAAGACCCGUGCAGCUCUGCCUCUGCAGCCAGGCAGGCUCACCCGCCUCAGCUUGCUCGUAGUCCGCCACAGCUGGAUGUGGUGCAGCUGUCCUGUUUCUGUGCAGUGGUAUGAAGUCGAGUAACCAUCAGGGGUCGUGACCUCGUCACCUCAGUGAGCAUGACCUAACUUACUGCCGCUUCUGUUGCUUUUUGACCUCGAUUCUCUCUCUUGGUUGUUCUUUUCUGUCAUGUACUCACUUAAGUAGACAUUGGUGUUAAACAGUAACUUUAAGGUUUUCUUGAUUUUCAGAGCUGUAAGAGAACUCGGAUUAAACAUGAUCCAAAGUGUG